UGUUGGGGAAAUAUUUAAUAUAUAUUUACAUACAUUUUAUAAAUAUUUACAGAAAAUUUUGUUGGAAUCAUUACUAGUACAAUAUUUACGUAAUAUUGUAAUAACGUUUAAUUAUUAAAUAUUGGUUCAUAAAUGGCAUAGUAACAUUUUGACGAUAUUUUGUGCUAUGUGGGAUGCAGAACAUUCAGGAAGUUCAACGACCGUCCACCAUUUCACAAAUCACACCACUAACCACGCCGCAUGCGCGUGGUGCUUACUAGUAGCACAUUAGCACAAUAUUGCACAUGCAAUCUAAACAUAACUUUCCGUUAAAGAUAUUAGGGAGUUUUCGUGGCUUUUACGCUAAACUUACGGUAACGUUAAAUAUCACGUGACCAAAUACGGUAUUGAAAAUAACGGCCGUCUUGAAAAGAGAGUUAUCGUGAUCUGCGCCUCCCUUAAACGAUAAAACUGUCAGCGCCAUCUUCACAUUUAACAGGUAAACAUGGAAACAUAACCUUAAACGAGUGUAAACAAAAGCAAUAUUUUGAAAACGUUUCACUUUGAAGUAUGGAAGAACUACUGGAAAUUGCAGUGUUAGGUGACAUGGAUGUAAACGAUAUAGCAGAUGCUCUACUGAUUGGAGAAUUAGAAACUCCUCGACGUAAUAAAAGAAUUCGAGCUGAACAAUACGGACGGUUGAACUUGGACGAGUUAACUCCAGAAGAAAUUCAAUUGUACUUUCGGUUUAAUCGGAGACAAUUAUUGGAGCUAACUGAGGCAUUAAGAAUUCCUAACGAAAUAAGAACUGAUACUGGGCAUGUCACUACCAGUUUGGAAGGAUUGUGCAUAUGUCUACGACGAUUAGCCAGUGCCGUAUUUCCCAUUACGCAAAUUACGCCCAGGCGUAAGGCGGCAAUAUUGGAGAGGCGGCAAAAUUUCAAUUUUCAAAUCAAAAUUAGGCGUCUUCCUUCACCGACUUCUCACCACCUAUGUCACCACUCAACUCACGGUGAGUGACUCACCUCACCGUCAUGUUCCCCUUCCCACACGUAAGAAGCAAGUGCAAUAUUUGAAGUUGUCAAUAUGCAGUGAUCAUGAUCAGUGUCGUGAGUGAAUUGCAGCUGAAAGCGUAGGGGUUUGUAUGUAGUGAAUUAUAUUAUAUUGUGAACGGUGUGUAUCGUAAUUCGUAAUUCGCAUUCGUAUAUCUGUUUGCUUUUUACAGAUUAGUGUUAUUACUUUAUUAGUGGUAGCACAGUCUAAAUACAAUUAGACUGUGAUGGUAGAUAGUCGUAGUAAUCUGUGAUCACUGAUCAGUGCGUUUUACCGUUUAUUUAUAGUGUUGAGUUUGAGUCGAGUGUCACAAACAUUUUACAGUAUAACAAUUAACAAUACUAUGAGUGACGGCCGGAAACGGUUAAGUGGAGCGCAGUACAAAGCACUCGCUGAAGAAAAACGGAGAAAGAUUCAGGCCGUUUUAGACAAAACUCAAAAUUUGAAAAACUAUUUUUUAACUAAGCCUACAAAUUCCCAAGAGCAAACAGAUUGUUCAGAAUCGGAAGAUUUGGAGGUUGUUAGUGUUGUACCUAUACCUAUACCACCUGACAAUGCAGUCAAUGCAGAAGCGGUGGACACGGUCACAGAAGCAUCAUCAUCAUCGAACGUAGAAUCUGCAUGUCCAUCACCAUGUUUGCCAGCAAUUGUGAGCAACGACCCUGCCGAUUGGAACAUCAAUGAUGAUACUAUCAAUUAUUUAAUGUCAUUGCCCAAUGAAAUAUGCCAAAAUACAGAUGAGGAUUUUUCAUUAACCAAAAUUGUUAAUGGCGGAAAGUCACGAUGUCUCACUAAAAACGUUUUCCGCCGGAAACUUGCCAAUGGGGAAGAACAGCCUCGUAAAUAUUUGAUAUAUUCAUCUUCAAAGAAAUCCCUGUUUUGCAUCCCAUGUCGACUUUUCGGAGGAGCAUCAAAAAUGGCAACUGAAGGCAUAAAUGAUUGGAGUAAUGUAAAUAAAAUUUUGAAUUUACAUGAAAACUCCAAAGAACAUGCCAAAUCUCAAGUAACUUUAUUAAGGCGUCGACAAAAACAAAACCAAAUUGAUUCACUGCUGUGUCAGCAAAUAAGUAUUGAAGAAGAUUACUGGCGAAACGUGUUGAAGCGCGUAGUUGCAGUGACUAAAAAAUUGGCUUCCAGGGGGCUACCGUUUAGAGGAACAGUUGAAAAAUUUGGUAAUACGAACAAUGGCAAUUUCAUGAUGUGUCUGGAGCUCAUAGCAGAAUUUGAUCCGUUUCUAGCCACACAUUUAUCUCAGCACGGAAAUCCUGGAAGUGGUAAAACGUCAUACCUAUCAUCUACAAUAUGUGAAGAGUUUAUUGACCUCAUGUCGACUGAGGUACUAAAUCAUAUUAUGACCGAAAUUAGAAUGUCAAAAUACUACUCAAUUAUAAUUGACUCCACACCCGACAUGGCUCACAUUGAUCAAUUAUCCGUAAUAAUCAGAUAUGUUACAAACAACGGAAAACCAGUGGAGCGUUUUAUUGGCUUUUUGCCAAAUGUGGGGCAUAAAUCUGAAGAUUUAGAAAAUGCUAUCAUGUCAAAAUUGGAGAAACACAACUUGGAAUUAAAACAUUGUCGAGGUCAAUCCUACGACAAUGCGAGUAACAUGUCGGGAUGUUACAGUGGUCUACAAGCAAGGAUUUUAAAUCACAACCCACUCGCUUAUUACCUACCAUGCGCCGCCCAUUCACUGAAUUUGGUUGGAGUCUGCGCUGCUGAAUGUACUAGAGAGGCUGUAAGGUUCUUUGAAACGAUUCAAAACCUAUAUACUUUUUUCUCGGCAUCUACUCGUCGUUGGGAAAUUCUACUUUCCAGUUUAAAACCUGGCGCUAAAGUUCCAAAACGCGUAGAUGGAACAAGGUGGUCUGCACGCCAUGAUGCUUUAAUGAGCUUAUGCGGAGGCUGGGGGGAUUAUUUAAAUGCUUUGACAACAAUUGAAGAAUCUAUUUCUGAAAAACCUACGGUCCGUGCGGAGGCGGCUGGGAUUAAACGUUGCUUAAACCGCUUUGAAUUUGCCUUCAUGUCGGUUUUUUGGGAAGCGAUAUUAGAGCGUUUCCACAGCACUAAUAAAAUUCUUCAGAGCGUCGAAAUCGACAAUGGUGACGUAACUAGACUCUUUUCGUCUUUGAUAAGUUUUGUAAAAGCUCUACGAAAUACUACCAUGUUUGAAACGUACCUUGAUAAAGCCAAAGAAAUUAUGGAUGAAAGCUACGACAAUGAUCGUCAAAGAACUCGGAGACGUAAACUUUUCCCAGAUGAAAAUAUGGAUGGCGACACAAUUCUGACAGGCAAGGAACAACUAAAAGUAGAAACAUAUUUUUCCAUACUGGAUAGGGUUAUGGUGGAACUGGAAAAAAGAUAUGAAGCAUAUGACAGUGUUUUCAAAAAAUUUAAGUUCUUUUUUACUCUAAAAGAAAGUUCUCAAGAACAGUUGAUUGAAAGUGCCAACUACCUGCAACAAUGUUAUAAGGACGAUCUGGAAGAUGUAUUUGCAACAGAAUGUUUGCAUUUCGCGGAACUUUUAAAAGAAACAGACACGAAACACGAAAAAUGUACCUUAUCAAAUAUGCUUUCAUACAUUCGAUCUCACAAUUUAGAAGCAGUUUUCCCCAAUGUUGAAAUUGCCUUACGUAUGUUUGUUACUAUGGCGGUCACAGUUUGUUCAGCGGAGCGUUCAUUUUCAACACUUAAACGUUUAAAAACAUACUUAAGAACAACAAUGCAACAAAACCGUUUAAAUGCAUUGACAAUUUUGACAAUAGAGUCUGAUAUAACAAUAAAGUUAGAUUUUGAUAGUCUUAUAAACUCAUUUGCGUCUAUAAAAUCCCGACGAAAAAUAAUAUAGUUGUGAUAAUAAAUAGGUAUACAAAAUUUUAUAAUCUAGUUUUAUUGCUCAUACUACCUUACCUACUAAACUGAAAGCGGCACUUUUUGGUUAGCGUAGGGCGGCAAAUUGGUAAAUCCGGCACUGCGAUUAGCUUAUCCUAAUAGGCUAUCUGAUUUAGAGCCAUUGUUUGGUUUAUCAAGUCCAUAUUUGUCAGAUAUAGCAAAUACAGUUACUGAUCAUAUUUUUACCAAUUUUUCCCAUUUACUGUCAAAUUUGGAUAAUUUAAUGUGGUUAAACUACAACAAGUUGCAACAAUAUAGCCAGGUAACAUGGCAUUAUUAUUCGUGUGUAGAAAAAUCUAUAAAUUGCUUUAUUUUAGGCUAUUGCACGUAAAAACGCACCACUCAUAAACUGUUGGGGUUUUAUUGACGGCACUGCGCGUCCGGUAUGUCGACCAACGCUCCAGCAACAACAAUAUUUUUCUGGACACAAAAGAGUUCAUUGUGUUAAAUAUCAAUCAGUGGUCAGUCCAGAUGGAAUAAUUUGCAGUCUCAUAGGUGCAUAUGAGGGACGUCGGCAUGAUGCUGGGAUUUUAAGAGAGUCAAACCUGUAUAACCAGUUAGAACGGCGAUGUAAAUUUCCAAAUGGAGAAAAUUUUGUUCUAUAUGGAGACCCUGCAUAUGCAAUAAGAGAACUGCUAAUUUCUCCAUAUCGAAAUAGAAGACUCACUGAUGAGCAACAACAGUUUAACACCCGAAUGAGUUCAGUCAGACAGGCGGUAGAAUGGGGAUUUGGAAAGAUAAUAGCGGAAUUUGCUUUUUUAGAUUUCAAAAAAAAUCAGAAGUUAUUAUUGCAAGACAUAAAAAAAAUGUAUAUAACUGCUACAAUAUUAACAAAUUGUCAUACCUGCCUUAACGGCAGUCAAACAUCUGAAUACUUCAAUAUUGUGCCUCCCACACUG